GGACACGGUCGCGGGCACAGCGGUGCGGCGGCCUUCAUGGAUGGUGCAGAUGUGGUCCGUGGCCCCAAGACCCCGUUCUGGGGCUGCCAGAGUUGCGGGCUCACCAGCAACUGGGCGUGCAGGCUGCGGUGCCGCUGCGGGGCGAAGGCCCCCGCGUUCGUGCUGCAGCGCGCCAAGGCCUUUGGCAACGGUGGCGGGAGCCCUACUCGGCUGGAUCCUGGGCGCAGCCGUCCACCUGCUGCAGGGUCAAGGCGCGAGGCCAAACUGGAGUCCCAGCUGGCCGAGAUGCAGAAGAAGCUGGACCAGUUCAUCGGUGGAGGCGCCAAGCCUGCCCGAGCCCCUACUGUUGGACAAGGGCCUGGUCAGCAUGGUGGCACACAGUCCAAUGGAGGAGGCGGUGGUGACGGACAGGAUCCACUACAGGCACGUGUACUCGAGCUCGAGUGUGCGAUUAAGGCCUGUGGCAAAGGUGACGACACAACCGAGGCACGGACGCUCCUUGAGAACAAGCUCAAGACGGUGCGCGCGGAGAUCGAGAGCAAGAAGCCGAGCAUCACGCAGCACACCAAUGUGGGGCAUCGAUUGGCUCGGGCUACGACGAAGAUGGAGAAGGUCACGACAGAGCUUGAGGAGCAUAACAAGUUGCUCGACGAGCUCAAUGCCAAGACGGACGAGAUCAAGGCGCGCAAGGUCGCAGCGGAGGCUGAGGCCCUGGAAGGCAAAGACGCGAUCAAGUCGAUGCUCGAAACGGCCGAGUUUAAGGAGUUCGUUAA